AUGGAGAGUGCCUUUGCCCGUCCGAUCGCGACGGUCCUUGCCAACUUUGGCGUCGACGAGAACGACGGCCUGACGACCAAGCAAGUUGAGCAGCUGCGCAACAAGCACGGCCGCAAUGCUAUCCCGGAGGAACCGCCGACCCCGCUCUGGGAGCUCAUCCUCGAGCAGUUCAAGGACCAGCUAGUCAUCAUCUUGCUCGGCUCCGCUGCUGUGUCGUUUGCGCUCGCCUUCCUCGAAGAUGAGGGCGGCUGGAGUGCAUUCGUCGAUCCCGCGGUGAUUCUCACCAUCCUCAUCCUCAAUGCCGUCGUCGGCGUCUCCCAGGAAAGUAGCGCCGAGAAGGCAAUUGCCGCCCUGCAGGAGUACUCGGCCAACGAGUCCAACGUUGUCCGUAAUGGCGGCCACGUCUCCCGAGUAAAGGCCGAGGAGUUGGUUCCCGGCGACAUCAUCACCAUUUCUGUCGGAGACCGCAUCCCUGCAGACUGCCGUGUCAUUGCAAUCGAGAGCAACAGCUUCGCCGUCGACCAGGCCGUCCUGACCGGCGAGAGCGAGAGUGUCGGCAAGGAUGACGAAGCCGUUGUCAAGGAUGAGCGCGCUGUCCUUCAGGACCAGGUCAACAUGCUCUUCUCUGGAACCACGGUCGUCACGGGUCGCGCGAAGGCCGUUGUUGUCUUGACCGGCUCCAACACUGCCAUUGGAGACAUUCACGAGAGCAUCACGGCGCAGAUCUCGGAGCCUACGCCUCUGAAGCAAAAGCUCAACGACUUUGGCGAUAGCCUCGCCAAGGUUAUUACUGUCAUCUGCAUCCUCGUCUGGCUCAUCAACAUCCCCAACUUCAACGACCCCAGCCACGGUAGCUGGACCAAGGGCGCCAUCUACUACCUCAAGAUUGCCGUGUCGCUCGGUGUCGCCGCUAUUCCUGAGGGCCUUGCCGUCGUCAUCACGACCUGCCUCGCUCUCGGUACCCGAAAAAUGGCCGCUAAGAACGCCGUGGUCCGAAGCCUGCCCUCGGUCGAGACCCUCGGCAGCUGCAGUGUUAUCUGCUCCGACAAGACUGGCACACUCACGACCAACCAAAUGAGUGUCAACAAGAUCGUCUAUCUCAACGAGAAGGGCUCUGACUUGACGGAGCUUGACGUUGAGGGUACAACGUUUGCACCCAAGGGCGCUGUUCGAAUGAAUGGCACCGUCGUCGAGAACCUGCCGUCGACAUCCGACACCGUCCGCCAGAUGACCGAGGUCGCUGCGCUCUGCAACGAUGCCCACCUGGCUUACGACGAGCGCACCGCCGCCUUCUCUAGCGUGGGUGAGCCGACUGAAGGCGCCCUCAGAGUUCUCGUGGAGAAGCUUGGGCCUUGCGCCCCGGCUGGCACGCAUCCCGAUGAUUGUGUCCACUUCGCCAGCGCCAAGUACGAGAAGCAGCUCCCUAGGCUGGCAACGUUCGAGUUCUCCCGCGACCGCAAGAGCAUGUCCGUCCUGGUUCAGAGCGGCAAGCAGAAGAAGCUCCUUAUCAAGGGUGCUCCGGAGUCGAUCAUCGACCGAUGCUCCCACACGCUCAUUGGCGCGGCUGGCAAGCGAGUUCCGCUCACCGAGAAGCUCUCUGAUCUCCUGCUGAAGGAAGUUGUCGAGUACGGCAACCGUGGUCUCCGAGUCAUUGCCCUCGCCAGCAUUGACGAUGUGUCCAAGAGCCCGCUCCUCUCCGCCAAGUCGACCGAGCAGUAUGCUCAGCUCGAGCAGAAUAUGACUUUCUUGGGUCUGGUCGGCAUGCUCGACCCUCCGCGCGAGGAGGUUCCGGGCUCCAUCCAGCAGUGCAAAGAUGCUGGUAUCCGCGUCAUUGUCAUUACUGGAGAUAACCGCAACACUGCUGAGAGCAUCUGCCGACAGAUUGGCGUCUUUGGACAGCAUGAGAAUCUUACGGGCAAGAGCUACACUGGCCGCGAGUUCGACAACCUGAGCCCCAGCGAGCAGCUUGAGGCCGCCAAGAGGGCUUCGCUCUUCUCGCGCGUCGAGCCGGGCCACAAGUCGAAGCUCGUUGACCUUCUGCAGUCCCUCGGUGAGGUCGUUGCCAUGACCGGUGACGGCGUCAACGACGCUCCCGCGCUCAAGAAGGCCGAUAUUGGUGUGGCCAUGGGCUCCGGCACUGACGUGUCGAAGCUGGCCGCCGACAUGGUGCUCGCUGACAGCAACUUUGCCACCAUCGAGGUCGCCAUCGAGGAAGGCCGUGCCAUCUACAACAACACUCAACAGUUCAUCCGCUACCUGAUCUCGUCCAACAUUGGUGAGGUCGUCUCCAUCUUCCUCACUGCGGCCCUGGGUAUGCCCGAGGCCCUGAUUCCCGUGCAGCUGCUCUGGGUCAACCUCGUUACCGACGGUCUCCCGGCCACGGCUCUGUCCUUCAACCCUCCGGACCAUGACAUCAUGAAGCGGCAGCCCCGUAAGAGGGACGAGGCGCUCAUCGGAGGGUGGCUCUUCCUGCGUUAUCUCAUCAUCGGCACCUACGUCGGCCUCGCCACCGUGGCCGGCUACGCGUGGUGGUUCAUGUACAACCCCGAAGGCCCGCAGAUCACUUUCAAGCAGCUCUCGCGCUUCCAUCACUGCUCGGCGGACUUUCCCGAGAUUGGGUGCCAGAUGUUCUCCAACGACAUGGCCAAGGCUGGCUCGACCGUCUCGCUGUCAAUCCUGGUCGUCAUUGAGAUGUUCAACGCUAUGAACGCGCUGUCAUCGAGCGAGUCCCUGCUCACGCUGCCCCUGUGGAAGAACAUGAUGCUCGUCUAUGCCAUUGCACUGUCCAUGGCCCUCCACUUCGCCCUGCUGUACACGCCGUUCCUUCAGAGCCUGUUUGCGAUCCUGCCUCUCAACUGGACUGAGUGGAAGGCCGUGCUCAUCAUCAGUGCGCCUGUCAUUCUCGUCGACGAGGUGCUCAAGUUUUUCGAGCGACAGUUCUUCAUGCAGACCACGACGCGUGAGGACGUCAAGGCUGUUGCGGCUAAGAAGGAGCAAUAG